AUGCUGUGGCUGAUAAACUCCGCUCGCAAGCUUCGUACUGACCGCCGUGUCAACCGAUGGGCGGACAAGGCGUAUAAGAAGCGCGCCCUUGGUAACGUCUACAAAACCUCCCCCACUGGAGGAUCAUCACACGCAAAGGGCAUCGUCCUCGAGAAAGUCGGUGUCGAGGCCAAGCAACCCAACUCUGCCAUUCGUAAAUGUGUCCGUGUACAACUUAUCAAGAACGGCAAAAAGGUCACAGCUUUCGUGCCUAAUGACGGUUGCUUGAACUUCGUCGAUGAGAACGAUGAAGUUCUCAUCUCUGGUUUCGGUCGUAGUGGAAAGGCCAAAGGUGAUAUUCCUGGUGUGCGCUUCAAAGUAGUGAAGGUCUCAGGGGUCGGUCUUCUCGCGUUGUGGAAAGAGAAGAAGGAAAAGCCCCGGUCAUAA